AUGUCUUCCUUGAGUAGGGAGCUAGUCUUUCUAAUCCUGCAGUUCCUGGAUGAGGAGAAAUUCAAGGAAACGGUCCAUAGGUGAGUGGGAUGCUGUCUCCUUCCUCAUCUUUCGAAGAGUUUCUCCAAAAUGGAAAGUGGAAGAGGAAACGAUACGUGUUGCCCUAAAAUCUUCUGCGAUGAUGGUAGUUUGCUAUUUGACUUAUGUUUCUAUCCUUGUUUGUUUUGUUCUCUGUCUGUGUAGAUUGGAGCAGGAGUCAGGUUUCUUCUUUAACAUGAAACAUUUCGAGGAUCUAGUGCAGGCAGGAGAAUGGGAUGAGGUUGAAAAGUACCUCAGCGGGUUUACAAAGGUUGAAGACAAUCGGUAUUCUAUGAAAAUAUUCUUUGAGAUUAGGAAACAGAAGUACCUUGAAGCUCUUGACAGGUGGGUUGGCUUUCAGAAAUUUUGCUUCAUUUCCAAGUGUUCCUUUCUCAUGUCGUAGCGCCUGGUUAUUUAUCAAAAAUCCAUUUUGCAGGCAUGACCGAGGGAAAGCUGUUGAGAUUCUCGUGAAGGAUCUCAAAGUUUUUUCUUCUUUCAAUGAAGAGCUCUUCAAGGAAAUAACCCAGUUGCUGACACUAGAGAACUUCAGGUAUUUCUCCUUGGAUCAUAUUUCCAUCUGUUUCUUUGGUGCCUAAAAUUCAGAUUUGCCGAUAAUUUAUCCCUUUUCGUUGGCUGAAGACAAAAUGAACAACUAUCUAAGUAUGGGGACACAAAGUCCGCCCGCAACAUCAUGCUUAUAGAGCUUAAGAAGCUGAUUGAGGCAAACCCUCUGUUCCGUGACAAACUUACAUUUCCUCCAAUCAAAGCAUCCCGACUACGGACUCUGAUUAACCAGAGGUGAUUAUAAUUUGGCAUUUUACUACUUUUCAGAUUAGUUUGAUUUGUAUGUUUCAUUGCUGUACCAUCUGCUGUUAGUUCCUUGUUUCAUGUCAAACCACGAUAUAAUUGGUGCAUAACAAUAUAUAUUGGCGGUACAAAAGUGUCUAUAUUCAUAUCUCAUGUCUUUGGAUUGUGUACUGAAACAGAUCAUUAGAUAAUAUCUCGGCUUUGGGCAAAAGUGGGAAGUUUGAUUGAAGCUAAAACAUAGUUAAUGGUGUCCGAACUAGUUGAUUAAAGCACCACUUCUUUUUAUUUUGGCUGUUACCUGAUUCUGUCUUUUCCAUGUUCUUAUUAUGUCAAUCGAUUGUGUCCAUGUUUUUCAGUCUUAACUGGCAGCACCAGCUUUGCAAGAACCCACGACCCAAUCCUGACAUCAAAACACUAUUUGUUGAUCACACCUGUGCACCAGCUAAUGGUGCCCGAACUCCUCCACCGGCCAACAGCCCCCUUGGAGGACCUAUCCCCAAGGCUGGUGCCUUUCCUCCUGCAGGUGCCCAUAGUGUAAGUGGAGUUUACGUGACUUUAAUGGAGAAAACUUUGUUGAUUUCUAUAGUACCGAGCAUUAAUCUAUCAAGUGUGCCCACUCUUUUGACAGCCAUUCCAGCCAGUCGUUACUCCAUCCAGCGCUCUUGCAGGAUGGAUGACUGGUGCUAAUCCGUCGCUGCCACAUGCUGCUGUUGCCUCUGGUCCCCUUGGACUUGUGCCAUCUCCUAAUUCCGGUUAGGAUUUUUUUCCUCUGCAGCAUUUCUCACAAAAUUUAUCUGUCAUUAUUCCCACUGAAAUUAUGUUUCCCCACUUACAUUUGAUAUCGUGACAGCUCCAUUUUUAAAACACCCGAGGACUCCGCCAACUGCUCCUGGUAUGGAGUAUCAAGCUGAUUCCGAGCACUUAAUGAAGAGAAUACGUGCAGGCCACUCAGAGGAGGUUUGAAGCAUGUCUUGGAUUUUAGAUCUCGCUAAACUUUGUGUAAUAUUAAUAAGCAAUUGAAUAAUUCAAUUGCUGUUUCUAGGUCUCAUUUGUUGGUCCGGCGCAUCAUCCAAAUGUUUAUUCAGCUGAAGAUAUCCCUAGAAGCGUUGUCAGGACACUUCAUCAGGGUUCUAAUGUCAUGAGCCUGGAUUUUCAUCCGCAUCAACAGACAAUCCUGCUAGGUAAUUUGUUUUGCUGUAUGAAUUGUUUGUCUUUACCUUGUAGUUCGUAGCAGAUUGUAGCUUUUGAUUUUUUUACUUGUUGUUGAUAUUCUUUUUUUUUUUUCCCCUAUAGUUGGGACAAAUAUAGGUGAUAUUGCGAUAUGGGAAGUGGGAUCACGGGAAAGGAUAUCUCAUAAAACUUUCAGAGUUUGGGACAUCUCUGUUUGUUCAAUGCCCUUGCAGGUACUUUUUUUUUCUAUGAAAAAGUAGAAUCCGUUCUCCAUGUCACUUUUGAUAUGUGGCUUCCUUUUGAUCUUCCAGGCAGCAUUAAUGAAGGAUGCGACAGCAUCUGUCAAUCGAUGUUUAUGGAGUCCAGAUGGAUCUAUACUUGGUAUGCCUUUACGAAUGAAUAUUGCUGAAUUUUUCUUGCUCUAGUUUUUAUUUUGUCAUCAGUUCAAUUCUGAUCUGUGAUCAAUUAAACGCAAAAUUUUGCGCGAAUUUAUUUUUUAUAUUCAGGUGUUGCAUUUUCAAAGCAUAUUGUUCAGACGUACGCUUUCAUGGCAAAUGGUGAACUGAGGCCGCAACUGGAAGUGUGUUUCAGUCCAUUAUGAUAUCUUGUUUUGGUUUUUCUGGAAUAAGUUCUCUUAUUUGUGUUUUCUGAACAGAUUGAUGCUCAUAUUGGAGGCGUUAAUGACAUAGCCUUUUCUCAUCCCAAUAAGAGUCUCUCCAUAGUUACAUGCGGGGAUGACAAGACAAUUAAGGUAAUGACUUUUUGUUCGUUUGUGAAUGGAAUGAAAAUUGAAAUUUUAUUCCCCCUGGGAGACAUCCGGAAGAUGAAUGCUUGUAUGCAAUUUAAAGGUGUGGGAUGCUGCAACUGGACAAAGACAACAUACUUUUGAAGGGCAUGACGCAUCUGUAUACUCUGUCUGUCCUCACUACAAAGAGAACAUUCAGGUAAAAUAAUUAAUUUCUCUCAUGAAUAUGAUGAUCUCUCUCAGUUUUGCUUUCCGUUGUUCCUGUAUUUUGGGUAACUCUCAUUGGACGGAUGCCUAAGUACCUCUUGUUUGUAAAAAUUUUAUUGACUAAAUAGUUUUCAUGCCAUUUCAAAAUCAAAGCGUUUUCAGUUCAUCUGACUGCAACCUUCUUUUCAGUUCAUCUUUUCGACAGCCCUUGAUGGCAAGAUUAAAGCGUGGUUGUAUGACUGCUUGGGAUCUCGAGUUGAUUAUGAUGCGCCUGGACUUUGGUGCACCACGAUGGCAUACAGUGCUGAUGGAACCAGGUGAAGUUGCACAAACGUAGCUUGCCCUUUUAUCUUUGUGACUUUUGUCACCUCGGCUACAUGCGGAUUCACCAUCAGAAUACGUUCACUUGGCAGUGUGAUGCCAGUGGCCAACGCUCUCCACCUUACAUAUUCCCAGCGUUACCACUGUGCAGGCUCUUUUCGUGUGGUACAAGCAAAGACGGUGAAUCUCACUUAGUUGAGUGGAAUGAGACCGAGGGAUCUAUCAAAAGGACGUACUCUGGUUUCAGAAAACGCUCAACGGGUGUUGUCCAGUUUGACACGACGAGGAACCGCUUCCUAGCUGCUGGAGAUGAAUUCCAAAUAAAGUUUUGGGAUAUGGAUAAUAAAGAUAUGCUGACCUUCACUGAUGCAGAUGGCGGUUUACCUGUUAGUAGGAUGAAUUUUGGCUCAAGUAUGUACUACUCGUCACUGUAAGAAAACUGGGAUUCAUGAGAGCCCUCACUCUCUUGCAGGCUAGUCCCCGGCUGAGAUUCAACAAAGAAGGAUCAUUGCUUGCAGUCACCACUAACGACAACGGAAUCAGGAUCUUGGCGAACUCUGAUGGGCAGCGCCUGAUAAGGAUAUCAGAGAGCAGAGCAUAUGAGAAUUCUCGAGGUUCUUCGCAACCAGUCAGCAGUAAGGUAUCGUGCCAGAUAAAACCCAGCUCACAGCUCACUUCCAUGGUUUUUUGCGCUUCUCUGAAGAAAUAGCCAUCGAUUAUUUUAUCCUCAUUCCACCUGGUGAUCCGAGGAUUUUGCAUUAAAACCUGUCAAUAUUAUGUCGCAUGAGGCACAGAUUGACUUGUGCAUCUCUAUUUCUGCAGACUUCAGUUGUCACUGCGUUGGGCAGCGUUGCCAACGUCUCCGGCCCACUGGCAACAUCUCUUGAACGCCCUGAGAAGAUCCCUCCUCCGAUGCCCAUGGCUGGCCUGGUACUGAUCAUCUGAACCCUCUUCCGGUGCCAUAUGGGGCCGCCAGCGGCUGUUGACUUGAUGAUUUCUCGGUGGCAAUUUCUUCAGGCUGUCAUUGAGAACAGCAGGAUGGCGGAUGUAAAGCCGAGGAUAUCAGAGGACCUGGACAAGGUCAAAAGCUGGAAGUUGGCUGACAUCGUCGACCCCAAUCUGCUUAAAGCCUUGAGAUUGCCCGACUCAUCUACUGCUGUGGGAAAAGUAUAUACGCUCUUAAAAACUCGAUGCGACUGAACCGUUGACCAGGAAGAGGGAGGAUAGAUGAUGACGUAUGUUCUUCAUUUGGAAAUGCAGAUCAUGCGGCUGUUGUAUACGAAUUCUGGGUCGGCGGUGUUGGCCCUCACUUCAAACGGCGUGCACAAGCUGUGGAAAUGGCAGCGCACCGACCGGAACUCCUCUGGAAAGGUUAGCAGCUUAUCCUCGCUCGGUUUAGCCAUGGAAUUCACCACCUUUUCUGGAAAAAAACGUGAAACACGCAAGGAAAAUUCUCUCCUCCUUUCUUCGCUGGUUCAGCCAUGGAAUUCACCCCGAGAUCAUAAUUUCUUCUUCCAGUCGACUCCCUCCGUCGCACCCCAGCUGUGGCAGCCGGCGAACGGCGUCCCCAUGACCAACGACAUGAGCGAGAGCGGCUCUGACGAGUCGACUGCCUGCAUCGCCUUGUCCAAGAACGACUCCUAUGUCAUGUCGGCCUCCGGUGGGAAGGUCUCCCUGUUCAACAUGAUGACCUUCAAGGUUCUUCCUCCUUCCUCCUCCCUCCCUUUUUCUUUCCCCUCCGCCCGUUCUGUGAUGAUUCAUCUAUCCGCUCGAGAACCCUAAAACCCCGAUCUUGAUGGCAGGUGAUGACGACCUUCAUGCCGCCGCCCCCCGCUGCCACCUUCCUGGCGUUCCACCCCCAGGACAACAACAUCAUCGCCAUCGGGAUGGAGGACUCCACGAUCCAGAUCUAUAACGUCCGGGUUGACGAGGUAACAACGCAUUGCUGCUGUUUCUGGUUUGUUGUUCUUCUCCCUUUCUGAUCUUCCUCUCUGCGGUCCCCGGCCAUCAUUCAUCUUCCCUGUGAAUUUCCUUUUUCUUUUGAUCUCUCUCCUCAGGUGAAGACCAAGCUCAAGGGCCACCAGAAGAAGAUCACCGGCCUCGCAUUCUCGCAGACGAUGAACGUCCUCGUCUCCUCCGGCGCCGACGCCCAGGUAUAUUACAUUACAGCGGAAGAUUAAGAUCAAGAUCGUCUCUUCCUCCCCUCUAUGUUUCUUCCUCUGUUCGUCAAUGGUGAUCGUCUGCCCCCCCUCGCGCAGAUCUGCGUGUGGAGCAUGGACGGGUGGGAGAAGCGGAAGGCGAGGUUCAUCCAGCCGCCGGCGGGGCGCGCCGCCCCCCUCUCCGGCGAGACGAGAGUCCAGUUCCACAACGACCAGACGCAGCUCCUCGUCAUCCACGAGACCCAGCUCAGCGUCUACGACGUCAAGCUCGAGACCCUGCGAACGGUCAGUCCAGCCCAGUCCCCUCCAUUCCAUUCCAUUCUAUUCCUGCGAUGGAGGUGCUGAUGGAUGGGGGGGUUCGGUGUUUUAUUUGUCCUGGGCAGUGGUCCCCUAGGGAGACGCUGCAGGCGCCCAUCUCCAGCGCCGUCUACUCCUGCGACGGCCUCCUCGUCUACGCCGGAUUCUGCGACGGCGCCGUCGGCGUCUUUGACGCCGACAGCCUCAGGCUCCGCUGCCGCAUCUCGCCCUCUUCCUACAUCCCUUCCCCCCUCCCCAAGUAAGCUUCCUUCCUCCUACACAUCCCUGCCUCUUCUACUUCUUCUAGGGUUUCUUCUUCUUCUUCUUCUUCAUGACCAUCAUCAUGAUAGCGGGUCGUGUUUGUUGUUGGUGUAUUUGUUUGGUGCAGCGGAGGGGGGGUGUAUCCGGCGGUGGUGGCGGCGCAUCCGUCGGAGGCGAACCAGAUAGCGCUGGGGAUGAGCGACGGCGGGGUGCACGUGGUGGAGCCGCCGGAGGCAGAGGCGAAGUGGGGGGCGCCACCGCCGGGGCAGCCGCAGGAGAACGGGGCCAUCCUCCCCUCCAUCCCCUCUAACCCCGCCUUGAACAGCCAGUCCUCUGACGCUCCCUCCAGGUGA